CUUGAAUAAUGUACAUCAUACAUAUUUCUAGCCUAAUAAAAUAUGACAAAUACAUUUGUAACACGUUACUCUUAUCUAGUCUUAUUAUUAGGCCGAUAUAAUGUGGGAAAUAGAUUUCCAAAUUGAAGUUUUUACUUUCUCGCUUUACCAAAUAUUCAACAAUAUUUCCACCGUUUUAAAGUACCGACUUAUUGCAUGCUUGGUUUUUCUUAAGGCAUCCAUUAUAAAGAAUAAAUACAUUCUAAAUAUAUAGCAGAAAGAGAGAAAAAGGGUUGGAAAACUAUUUAUAAAAUGAAACGGUUUAACCCGUGCAUCAAUCUACUAUAUACCUAAAUACAACAGGCUAAACCCUUUCUGUACUUUUACUCGAUGAAUAUUAUUACCAAUUCUCACUUAAAUACAUUAUUAUUAUUACAUACAUUACACUCGCGACUUGAAACGAAAUAAGAAUUUGUUGCCACCACGUUUGAAAGCAUGUCGAAUCUCGUAGUAAAGAACGAAGUAGAAGACGAAGAAAAUGAUAAUACAAAGCCUGGUUUCUCGGUUAUGACGUUACACUCAUCUUUUCCGGGGACUAAAGAGUGGAACGUUGUUUACACCGUAAUCAAGAUAAACAAUGGGCAAAGCGACUUUAAAGUUUACCAUUCACACUAUCCAGACGGGCUGAUGAAAGUGGCCAUCGACUUCGAACGUCGAAUUAUAUCGCUGGAUGCUGGACAAGGCGAAGUAUACAUUCUCCAACCUCCCGAACGGAUUAUUAAUUGUGUCUGCGAUUACACGCGGAUUCAUCACUGGCUGUAUGUGAAAACUACUCGCCAAAAAUCAAUUGUUAUUCAAUAUGAUGACACGGCCAAUGCUAUUCGAGCAUACAGCAUGAUGACAGCACUCAAGGAAUCAUUUUAGCAUUUUGAGGGAGGAGUUAGAUUUUUCUAGAUUUUUCUACAAUGUCAAAUUUUUCACUGAUUGAAACAACUUAUUUUGUAACCUUUCUCAGAAGGCGGAUCGCCAAUGUAUAGAUAAUCAAAAUUAUGGAACGUUCAAA